AUGAAAUUAUUUGUGACAGGGUCAACUGGCUACAUUGGUGGUGAUGCACUCCAUGCAGUCGUCAAAGCCCAUCCUGAAUAUGAAAUCACGGCCCUUGUUCGAAACACUGAUAAAGGUGCACAAGUCGCAGCAGAAUAUCCCAAAGUGAAGCUGGUCUAUGGCGACUUGGACUCCUCCGACCUUCUCGAAGAGGAAUCAAAGAAGGCAGAUGUUGUGUGCCAUUGGGCCGAUGCCGACCAUGAAGCCUCUGCCAAAGCCAUCAUAAAAGGUCUGUCAGCCAGACAGUCCGAAGGACCCGGCUUCCUGAUUCAUACUUCUGGAACUGGUAUUCUCAUGUACACAGACCUCGACCAGCAAAUGUUCGGCGAAGAUGCCACUAAGAUUUACAAUGACUGGGACGACGUUCAGGAAAUGAUAAUCGGUAUCCCAGACCAUGCACCCCACAGGAAUGUUGAUAAAAUAGUUCAGUCAGUACGAGAUGGACACACCGUCAAGAGUGCCAUCGUCUGCCCUCCAUGCAUCUAUGGAGCUGGAAGAGGCCCGGGCAACCAGACCAGCGUCCAAGUACCUGCACUUGCUCGUUAUACCCUACAGCAAGGUCACGGGAUCCAGGUAGGCGCAGGCAAGACCUUCUGGACUCAGAUUCACGUUCACGAUCUCUCAGACCUAUAUCUGAAGCUUGUGGAAGCAGCUUCCGCUGGCGGCGGAUCUGCUACCUGGAACGACGAGGGUUACUACUUCUGCGAAGCUGGUGAUCUCGUGUGGGGAGAUGUAGCACGUCAAGUGGCUCAGUCUGCUCACAAGCAAGGCUUCCUGAAAGACGAUCAGGUCAAACAAUACUCACCUGAUGAGGUCAAGAAGAUCGUGUCCUAUGGACCUGCAUUGUGGGGAUGCAACUCUAGAUGCCGAGCCAUAAGAGCUGGAAAACUGCUGGGAUGGAAAGCCUGCUCUCCCAGCCUGAAGGAGGAGAUGGAUGCCACAGUAUUGGUCGAAGCAAAGAAACAGGGAUUGGUUGUUGGCCAUGCCAAGGUCGCUGCCGGAGAGGCAUAA